GAGUGGCUGCACACCACGGCUCCGUUGAGACUGCAGCGAGCGAAGGUCAGACUGCAGUGGGUGCUGUUGGUUGAGAGCCCGCUGCCUGAACUUGUGAGGGGAGGAAAGAAGAGAGAGGGGGUGGGUUGGUGGGUAAGGGGCGGCUGUGCGCGCUCUUCCCGGCAGAGUGCGUCCCGCUCCUCACACGCGCGCGCACACUCAUCGGAGUCACUCUGCUUCCAGGCAUCGGGCUGCCUUCUCUCCUCCUGAAUAUCUCAGAUGAACAGUCUGAAGGACGCCGUCAGACCUCUCCUGCCCGCGCACCUCCAGGAGGAAACAAACUGUGUGUUUGUUGUUGUUGUGUCGCUGUUUACUCCACAGUUUCCUACCCGGUGAUUCUGGAUUUACGGAGGAUUGGAAACAGCGUGGGCGCGUAACUCCCGAAAUCAUGGAAUUAUGGAUAAAGUUGAUGUUGCUGUGCAGCUGCAGCUUUGGAGCAAGUGCAGACUUCGAUGGCAGGUGGCCACGGCAGAUGGCAUCAUCCAAUGGCCUGUGUCGAUAUGGGGCCCGUGUGGACUGCUGCUGGGGAUGGACUCGUCGCUCCUGGGGUCACUGCCAGCCUCUCUUCGCCUUAACUCACAGGGUAGUCGGGAUAAGGUGCCUGCCCCAAGCUGUGUGCCAGCCUGGCUGUAAGCAUGGAGACUGCGUGGGACCCAAUAAGUGCAAGUGCCAUCCUGGUUUCACUGGGAAAACCUGCAAUCAAGACCUGAAUGAGUGCGGGCUAAAGCCAAGGCCCUGCAAACACAGGUGCAUGAACACGUAUGGGAGCUACAAGUGUUACUGCCUGAAUGGCUACAUGCUGAUGCCUGACGGGACCUGUGGAAACGCUCGCACUUGUGGUAUGGCCAACUGUCAGUAUGGCUGCGAGGUGCUGAAAGGAGAGGUCCGAUGUCAGUGUCCGUCGCCAGGGCUACAGCUGGCUCCGGAUGGGAGAACCUGUGUGGAUGUGGAUGAGUGUGCAGCAGGGAUAGCAGUGUGUCCCAGGUUCAGGAAAUGUAUCAACACCUUUGGUAGCUACAUCUGCAAAUGCCACGAAGGCUUCGACCUGCAAUACAUCAACGGAAAAUACCAGUGCAUAGAUGUGGAUGAGUGCUCUUUAGGUCAAAGCCACUGCAGCAGCUUUGCCACCUGCUACAACACGCCGGGCUCAUACAAGUGCAAAUGCAAAGACGGCUACAGGGGGAUGGGCCACGACUGUAAACCCAUCCCUAAAGUGGUUAUUGACCCCCCGAGACCAGGCAAAGUGCCUCCAAAUCAUCACAACCACAUCCCAGACUUGGAUCAGCAGAGGACCACCACCACUCGCCCACCAGUCACUCCAAAGAUCAUCUUCCCUAAAUUGCCGCCAACCACCACAACUACAACCAAGGCACCCCGCCUGAGGGUGACCCCAUCGCAACACAAGCCGUUGGUCCCCACCCGAAAGCCCUUCAUACCCACCCAAAAGCCCUUUAUACCCACCCGAAAGCCCUUCAUACCCACCCGAAAGCCACCGGUACCCACUCGCAAACCCUACAUCCCAAGGCCAGCAGUUCCCACCAGACCACCUUUCCCACUGCCACCGGUCACACCAGUGGACAAUACCAUCCAGAAGGAGGUCACCAAGCAGAGAGGGGAUGUUCACAUCCCCCGGAACCCCAGUGGCAACACAGUCCUCGACAUCGACUUUGACAUUGAGCUCGGCAACACGGCAGACGAAGCCAAGGAUGACCCAGAGUCGGGGUAUCUGAGCUGCUCCUUUGAUGAUGGUCUUUGUGGCUGGAUCAGGGACAAAGACGGGGACCUGCACUGGGAGACGACGCCUGAUCCGUCAGGUGGACGCUACCUAACGAUACCCGAAGCAGGAAACAAGAGGACUGGACGAGGAGCGCGGCUGGUCCUCCCCCUUAUCCCUCCCUGGAAUGACGGCAAUCUGUGCUUGUCAUUCCGGCACAAGCUGGCAGGUCACCAUGUGGGAAUGCUCCAAGUGUUUGUGAAGAAGGGAAAGCAGUACAGUCCAGCAGUCUGGGGUCGAACAGGUGGAAAUGGCUGGAGACACACCCAGAUCACAUUAUGGGGCACAGGCCUGGAAAGUGUGAUCCUGAAGGGGGAGCGCGGGCGAGGCAGGAGCGGAGAGAUGGCCGUGGACGACAUAACCUUGAGGAAAGGCUCCUGCACGGAGGAGCACAAUCUGAGGAGACUUUGACUGACAGAACAGGGCGAGGCAGAAAGAAAACAAGAGAGAAACUCAUCUCAAAGAGAACGGACUCUGUUGUGACCCCCCUCUCCCUGCUCUCUCUCUCUCUCUGCCUGGGCACUCACUGAUCCCUCCCUAAACCCCUCAGCCAUCGUGUAAACAAAAUCCCCCCAAAUCAUGCGUCUGCAGAACAGUGGGUUUCUCUCACUCGGCUGUCCGUUAAUAAAAGGACCGAACCUGUCCUCGUGGGUGGAUCCCAGCAGCACAUCCCCAGUCCUCUCAGCUUCCAUCUCACUCCAUCACCUUAUUACUCUAAAGUGUGCAUGUACCUACUCACCAUGGAAAUGUCCUCCACCUAACAGCACUGGCAGCCUUCCAGCCGCACCGCUGACAGGCCCACGCUCACUUCAUUUCUUCCCGGAGAGAGGAUUGUUCCUUUAUUUAGGGAGCCCGCUUUUGCUUUGCUUUGAUCCUUUAACCACAAGCCAUUGCUUUUUUAGUUGCUUAAUGGUGAAAACAUGUGGCCAGGGGUGCAUUUUGUGACUGUUUUGAUCAGAAAAAAAGAAGAAGAAACAAGCGGUAGAUUUCUUUUGGUUGGAGAUUUAAAAAAUGUACAUAAAAUACAAAUUUUAUUUGUCGAAAUUGAAUUGGUUCUAAUGCAGAUUUCUUUCAAUCUGAUAUAGGCCCACAGCAUAACACCAAAAGUCAGUUUACCGCUAAUUUUGCUGGUCAAAUGUGAGUUGUUUUUCGUUUUUUAAUUACCGGCUACUGUUCUAUAGCACAGCUUUGUCUGAAAGGUCCUUUUUGUUGCCACAGCAUUUCAAAGACCUGCUUGGUCGCAGAAAGUUCAGAUAUUUAGCAUCUUUUCUAUCGUGUUAUUGCCUGUUGAGGUUGGUUAAACUCUGCGAUCAUGUUCUUCAGAUACUUGAAACGUGUAAAACAGAAUCAUUGUACGAUUUUCGAGUCAACCGAAAAGUUACUUUUUAUUAUACACUUUGUGCUUUGUUAUAUUAAGUGCAGUUUGUUACAAAGAUGAUGACACCAACACCUUUUUAGGUUUUCACAAAUUGUAUUAUUGUAAAUGUAGUUGUGUGUACAUACUCUAAACAAUCCCAUUUGUUGUGUGAUUUAUAUGUUAUGUAAAUUCAUACGUAGAUAUCGAUUGGAUUUCAGCUGGUUGAUAUUUCAACUUUUAAGGAAAGAACGUGUACACAGAUCAAAACCUUGUGUAGUGCAAGGCUGUUUAAAGUGUCCAAAAAUGUGUCUUCAUAUGGUAUAAAGCUCUGUUUGUAACUUGCUAAGCACAUAGUUGCAUAUUGUAUGAUGUGAUAAUGAAGGGCAUUGUAAAGGUUUUCUGUGUGCAUGGUUGCAUUCACCAAAUUCAGAAUUAUCCAGACCAGUAUGUAAAUAAAAAACAACAACAUUUGAA